AUCCAUCUGUCUUUUGUCACAUUCAUCAUUAUACCCAGAGAUACCCCCCCAGAAGAAGAAGAAGAAGAAGAAGAACAAGAAGAAGAAGUCCAGUCAACGUUCAGUAACAGUAAUCAACAAUGGAGGCCAUACGCCAAAGAAUCACCAUCCCGGACUCGAUCAAGCAGAUCCCCGACCAGCUCAAGCCCAAAUCCCCCAAAGCCCUCGACAAGGGCACCGACUCCAUCCCCACCUCCCUCACGCCCACCCCCGUCUCCCCUCCCCUCGCGACCCCGUCCCACGGCGACAUCGGCGCCGUCCUCACAAUCGCCUGCGCGACCCCCAUCGCCGCCAAACCCACCGCCGUCCUCGCCGCCGUCCUCAACCCGGCAACCUACCCAGCCUGGAACACUUUUGUCCCCAAAGCCACCGUCUCCCGCCCCUCCGGCCUCGCCGUCCCGCCCAUGCUCGCCGACUCCUCCGUCGCCAAGAACCAGCCGGGCGAACUCCUCCUCGAGGGCACCCACGUCACCUUUGAAGUCCACAUGACGCUCGACCCGGCAAAGACAACCACAAAGCAGGCCCUCGUCGUAACCAAACUCGAAGAGUACACCCACGCCGCCCCCUCCACCGCCGUCGCAAACGGCGAGACCCAGCCCGUCCACCGCGGCCGCAAAGGCUACCGCGUCUGCUGGAAGACGGGCGGCCUCGUGCCCCCCUUUGUCCUAAAGUCGGAGCGCGUCCAGGAGUUCCUCGAGACCGAGGACGGCAACGGCACAGAGUACCGCUGCUGGGAGACCUUUUACGGGCCCCUCGCCCAGGUCCUCCGCUUCACCAUGGUCGGCCAGCUCGAGACGGGCUUCGCCGCCUGGAUGGAGGGGCUCAAGAACUUCUCCGAGGGGAACCUGACGCAGCCCCCUGCUCCCGCUACCGAUGCGGCUGCCACGACUGCUGCUACGACUGCCGCUUCCACUACGGCGCCCGCGACUGCUCCGGCUUCCGCGCCUGCUGUUGCCGCUGCUUCGUAAGCAUAUGAGUGUGUGCGCGUGUGUGGUUGUGUACUUCUCUUGUCGAUCUGUCGGUGAUGCGGCUCUAUUUCCUUUUCUCAUAUCCUGGGCUGUAAGUGGUUUUUUGUUUAUUUAUCGGAGAGUCGGUUGUCAAUCGUUAGCUCUGCACGACAAGGGGGCAAGGGGGGAAUAAAAAAAGAAAGACGUCCAAAAAUAUGGUUCGAGGCAACAAAGGUCAAACCGGAAAGGAGGGUGAAUUUCAUGAUUGUGUGUCAGGAUUGAAGGAGGAAUUUCUAUAUA